UGUGGUUCACCCGCCAUUGAACCAGUUGGUGAUGAAGAUGCAAGAGUUGUUGGUGGUCGUGCUGCUCAUCUCGGUGCUUGGCCUUGGACGGUAAUGUUAUUAGAAGUCAAUAUGCCGGUAUGUGGUGGUGCUAUCUUGAAUGAAAGAGUUAUCAUUACAGCGGCUCACUGUUUUGAAGAUCAAGACCCAACUAGAUGGACAGUUACUGCUGGUGGAAUAAAACAGAACACGUUUGAGUAUUCUAAAAGGAUGUACCAGAUUGAGAGUAUCAUGAUGUAUAAAGACUAUGAUGAGUUUAGUGUGGAAAAUGAUAUAGCUUUGGUGAUGUUGAAAUCAGAGAUCAAAUUCUCUAACUAUAUUCGUCCCAUCUGUCUACCGUCUGAAAACGACACGCUAGAAGUCGGAACACCAUGCUACCUUGCUGGAUACGGAGACACUCAUGGUGAUAGUGACCGACUGAACCAAGUGAAACUACCAAUAAUAGCUGAAGAUAAAUGUUCUCAAGUAGAUUGGUAUGGAAAUUUUUUCAAACCUAAUUCGUCAUUCUGUGCUGGUUAUGCGCAAGGUGGUAAAGAUGCUUGUACGGGAGAUAGUGGCUCGCCUCUAGUAUGUCGAAGAAAUUCAGAAUGGCAGGUACAUGGAAUAUCAAGCUGGGGUUACGGUUGUGCUGAACCCAAAUGGCCUGGUAUUUAUACGCGAGUUAAUAAAUAUUUACCAUGGAUAAACCAUCAUCUU